CAGACGCACGGCACUUCCGGGUGUCGUCGUGCGGAUGAGAGGCGUCGUUGUGGGCGCAGCAGCAUCCACAGAUACAAAGAAGACGGCGACAAUGGCUGAUAUAUCACUGUAUCUCACUAACGUUAAUGUGUCCAUAGGGCAGACCAUGGAUGUGGAUCAGAGCCCAAACCAGGGUAAAGACUUUGAGAGUGUGGAGCUGGGAGAGCUGAACAAGAGAGGGGGAGAGCAGCAGAGGGAGAAGAUUCCUCGCAGGAUCAUCCAUUUCUCCAGCGGGGAGACCAUGGAGGAGUACAGCACUGACGAGGAGGAGGGAGAGGACAAGGAGCCAGAGAGGAAAGACCUGCUGUCCUCCCCGGUUGAUGCGGUGAGGUCCAAGUUGACCUGGGGUCCAUACUUCUGGUUUCACAUGUGGAGAGCGGCCACGUCCACCAUCUCAGCCUGUGACUACCUAGGGGAAAGGAUGGCCUCUCUGUUUGGGAUAACAUCAGCUAAAUAUCAGUAUGCUAUCGAUGAAUACUACAGGAUGAAGAAAGAGAGGGAGGAAGAGAAAGAGGAAACCCGUCUGUCAGAAGAAGCGGAACAAUCCUUCGACCAUAUGGACCAUCCUCAGAAGGAUGAAGAUGAACCAAUCACCGCGACCGAUCGGUCAGAUGCAGCCAACCCUCAGCCUGGUGUGACAUAUCAGAUCGAGAACGAAAAUCAUGCACCUUCAAGUACCAUCACAGUCCCUGCUAUCGUCACAGCGACCUAACCACGCAUGAAGAAUAGAGGUUUUGUGCUUCAGUGUUUGUUUGUUGCAGGUACUUGUUUCACAGAGCACCGUUUGGUUAGUGUACAACACAGCUUUAGGGGGGCAGAGCUGCUGUAUUAUUGUUUGGUAAGGGUGGCAGUGGUGAAAAUUAGUCUUCUGACUGUUUUGCAACAGAGUAGCAGCUGAUGGAGUAACUACUGGAGGAAGAGUAUUUGGGUCCAGCUUAAUGAAGAAAAAGUGUGCAAUGAAAAACAGCUUUGGUGAGAAAGUGUCAUUAAUGUGCCAAAAUUGUUAGCUUGUCAGGAACAACAGUGGCCAGUUUGAUUAGUUAUGACUACAGCUUCAAUGAUAUAUUGAUUUACUGAUCAUAUUCUUUAUUAGAUGAACAAGUUGGUGAUUUUCCAAGACGGAAAUGUUGAACAUUUUCUUGUUUCAGCUUAGGAAUUCACUGUUUUGGGGCAUUCUGUUAAACUGCUGGUUUAACAAGGCAUCACUUCGAGCUCUGGGAGAUGAGCAUUUUACAAAAGUUUGUCAUCUUCUAGACCUUGUUAUUUACUUUUUAAUCAAAAAUAAGCAGGAGAUUGAUUGAUGAUGAAAAUAAUUGUCAGUUGCGGCCCUAGUCACAACAUUUCCAGCAGCUGUUACGUCAUCAGCUGCUGCAGAAGCCUGCCGAACAGGAACCUUUGUGGAGUGAAGGGUUAAUGUUUCUCCCCUGUGCCUCUGAUGGACCUGACACUGUGCCUAAAUCAUCAUUACAGCUAAGUCACUAACACAUCUAGACAGAGCAUAUCUUACAUAUUUGACAAAGGAUGUUUGUAAAGGUGCAAACAGCCUUUGAUUUGUCGGGUCCUAUCAGCUGUCUCAAAUAUUUGCUGCACACACAAACAUCUGUUUCGUCCAGAUCUGCUCAAACUGGUGCAGUCUUGUUACACCUGGUUGCAUCUAAGUGUAAGCCGUUUUAACACUCGCUCACCUGUUCAGUUUCCAUCUACUGUGUGUUUGUCUUAAUGUGUGUUACGCUUGUAUUGCACUUAAAGUCCAUGUGGAAGCACUGAGUAGAUUUAACAUUGCUCAUGGAAUCAUCUGUUGACUGCGAGACUGUCUGUUUUGUCAAAAUCUAUUAAAACGGGUUUUGUUGUAUAUUUCUCCGAUCAUCCACGAUGGACUCAUGCAUAGUGGAUAUGUAAUGUGUCCACCUUUAAUACUUGCAGGGAGCGUUGUAACACUACGUCUGUAUAAAGAAAUGCAAACUUACAUUUUUAACUGUUUUUAGUACUGGUUUUGAUAUAUUUAUGUAUUUAUUUAACUGGACUGACAAAGCACUUAAUUUAAGCAUUUUAUAUUGAUUUGUAAAUUAACACUGGAAUGAACUGUUAAUAAAAUUCUAGUUAUGUCUGA